GUUUUGGCUCUACUUUUUCAGCAGCUGAGGAAAGUGUAAUGAUGGUACCAGCCUCUCCAGAAAAUAUCAGCAAGCAGUACAAAGUCAGCAGUCAGGUCUUUCAUGAGUGUUUCCUGGAACCAUGCCACAACAAUGGGACAUGCAAACAGUUGGGAAGUGGAUAUAUUUGCAUAUGCCCACUUGGAUAUACAGGCUUGAAAUGUGAAACAGAAGUUGAUGAGUGUAAAUCAUCUCCUUGUCGCAAUGGAAUGUGUAAAGAUGGCAUUGGGACCUUUGUUUGCCAUUGUCAACCAGGCUAUUCAGGUCUCUUGUGUGAGGAAGACAUAAAUGAAUGUAGCUCCAAUCCGUGUUUGAAUGGAGCCCACUGUGUUGAUGGCAAGAACGGAUACCGCUGCACUUGUGCAAAAGGGUUUACAGGUGCUCACUGUGAAACGGAGGUCAAUGAAUGCCUUUCAAACCCGUGUCUUAAUAGGGCUAUUUGUGAAGAUCGAGUUGGCAGUUUCUCCUGCAAGUGCCUUCCAGGUUUUACUGGUGUCUUGUGUGAAAGAAAUAUUGAUGAGUGUCUCAGCAGACCCUGUAGGAAUGGAGCUACGUGCAGAGAUGGUAUCAACAGCUUCAGGUGUCUCUGUGUGACAGGGUACACAGGACUAAACUGUGAAGUGAACAUCAAUGACUGCGACUCCAGUCCCUGCUUAAACCAAGCCACCUGUGUGGAUGCCUUGAACUCGUACGUUUGUAAAUGUCCCCCUGGCUUUACAGGCAGCAGGUGUGAAACAGAACAGUCCUCUGGUUUCAAUCUUGAUUUUGAAGUCUCUGGUAUCUAUGGAUAUGUCAUGCUUGAUGGUGUUUUCCCAUCUCUUGGUGAUAUCACCUGUACAUUCUGGAUGAAAUCCACUGACACCACAAACUAUGGGACUCCCAUUUCUUACGCAGUGGAGAGUGGAAGUGAUAAUGCAUUUCUUCUGACUGAUUACAAUGGCUGGGUUCUUUAUGUAAAUGGCAAAGAGAGGAUCACAGACUGUCCUUCAGUGAAUGAUGGUAACUGGCAUCACAUUGCAGUCACAUGGACAUGCACGGAUGGGGCAUGGAAAGUGUACAUCGAUGGAAAACUGUCUGAUGGAGGCAGUGGGCUCUCUGUUGGCUCAAAAAUCCCUGGUGGUGGUGCACUUGUGCUGGGUCAAGAGCAGGAUCAGAAAGGAGAAGGAUUCAACCCAGCUGAAUCUUUUGUGGGCUCCAUCAGCCAGCUCAACAUUUGGGACCAUGUCCUGUCUCCACAGCAGGUAAAAUCUCUGGCUACAUCCUGUCCAGAAGAACUCCAAAAAGGAAAUGUACUAGCCUGGCCAGAUUUCCUGCCAGGAGUUGUUGGAAGAGUGAAGAUAGAUUACAAGAGUAUAUUUUGUGCUGACUGUCCGUCUUUGCAAGGAUCCAUACCACAUCUGCGGGCCUCUUCUGCUGAUUUAAAACCAGGGUCAAAAGUGAGCCUUUCCUGUGACCCAGGCUUCCAGAUAGUGGGAAAUUCUGUUCAACACUGCCUUAACAUGGGACAGUGGACACGGCCCUUUCCCCGCUGUGAAAGAAUCAGCUGUGGAGUGCCUCCACCUUUAGAAAAUGGAUUUUAUUCAGCUGAGGACUUUUUUGCUGGCAGUACCGUUACCUAUCACUGUAACAAUGGCUACUAUUUGUUGGGUGACUCCAGGAUGUUGUGCCUGGACAACGGGAGCUGGAACAGCAUUUCACCAUCUUGCCUUGAUGUUGAUGAAUGCGCUGUUGGAUCAGACUGCGAUGAACAUGCAUCUUGUCUCAACACAAAUGGAUCCUAUGUUUGCACUUGCAUCCCUCCUUACACAGGAGACGGUAAAAAAUGUGCAGAACCAGUGAAGUGCCAUAAUCCAGGAAACCCAGAGCAUGGCCAUUUAUAUGGGGACACUUACAGUGUUGGCAGUGAAGUAACGUUUUCCUGUGAAGAAGGGUUUCAGCUGACAGGAGUGACUAAACUUACAUGCAUGGAGUCUGGAAAGUGGAGCCACCCAAUACCAUACUGUGAAGCUAUAUCCUGUGGCGGUCCAGUUAUUCCAGAGAACAGUGCCAUUUUGGGCACAAAUUUUACGUACCACAAUAAGGUGGUGUACAGAUGCAAUGAUGGAUACAACUUAGUGGGUGAAAAGGAAAUUCUGUGCCUUGCUAGUGGCAUUUGGAAUCAUCCUCCUCCCUCCUGUGAAAUCGUGACUUGUCCUAGCCCGCAGGAUAUCAGCAAUGGAAAAUACACACUCACUGGCACAACCUACCUUUCCUCUGUAUCAUACACCUGUGACAAUGGAUACAGCCUUCAGGGACCUUCUGUACUUGUCUGUGCUUCUUCAGGGAACUGGAACAGCACACCUCCAGCUUGCAACAUUGUCUCUUGUGGAUCCCCUCCUGCCAUCAAAGAUGCAGUCGUCAAUGGAAAUAACUUUACUUUUGGAAACACGGUCUCUUACAUGUGUAAGGAAGGUUACACAUUAGUUGGCCCUGCAACCAUAGAGUGCUUAGCCAGCGGCAAGUGGAGUGUGAGCCACCAGCAGUGCCUGGCAGUAUCCUGUGAUGAACCACCCCAUGUGGAAAAUGCGUCACCAGAGAGUGGCCACCGUCUCUUUGGUGAUAUAGCUUAUUACUUCUGCUCGGAUGGCUACAGCCUGGCUGAUAACUCUCAGCUGCUUUGCAAUGCAGAAGGGAAGUGGGUGCCUCCAGAGGGCAGGGAGAUGCCCCACUGCAUAGCUGAUUUCUGUGAAAAGCCAUCCACCGUCUCAUACAGCAUCCUGGAAUCCAUGAGUAAAGCCAGGUUUGCAGCUGGCUCCAUCGUGAGCUUCAAGUGCAUGGAAGGCUUUGUUCUGAACACUUCAGCUAAGAUCGAGUGCCUUCGAGGGGGCCAGUGGAAUCCUUCUCCUUUGAGCAUCCAGUGCAUCCCCGUUCGCUGCGGAGAGCCCCCCGAUAUUAGCAAUGGCUAUGCCAGUGGGGCCAACUACAGCUUCGGAGCAGUGGUGGCUUACAGCUGCAACAAGGGGUUCUACAUCAAGGGAGAGAAGAAGCGGACCUGUGAGGCCACGGGCAACUGGAGUGGCAGUUUGCCCACAUGCCACCCAGUGUCCUGUGGAGAACCACCGCAGCUUGAGAAUGGCUUUAUUAAGGAAACAACUGGACGCUUCUUUGAGAAUCAGGCAUAUUAUCAGUGUGAGUCUGGCUACCAGCUGGUUGGGAGCCCAGUGUUUGUCUGCCAAGCCAAUCGGCAAUGGUACAGUGAAUCAACUCCUUAUUGUGUUCCCCUCAGCUGUGGAAAACCGCCACCCAUCCAGCAUGGCUACUCCAAGGGAGAAACUUUUGAUAUGGGCUCCAAAGUUGAGUUUUUCUGUGAUGAAGGCUAUGAGCUGGUUGGAGAUGUUUCUUGGACGUGUCAGAAGUCUGGGAAAUGGAGCAAAAAGCAAAGCCCAAAGUGUGUGCCAACAAAAUGUCCAGAACCACCUUUGGCAGAAAACCAGCUGGUCUUGAGGGAAGUGACUUACCAAGUCGGUGUUGUACAGUUCUCCUGCAAGGAGGGUUUCGUUUUGCAUGGCUCCUCUGUACUGAAAUGCUUGCCCUCCCAACAGUGGAAUGAUUCCUUUCCCUUCUGCAAGGUUGUACAGUGCCCCGCACCUCCGUACAUCCCUUUUGGUGACCCCUUGACUUCCUCCCUUCAUUUUGGUAGCACUGUGAAAUACAUCUGCGUGGAUGGGUUUUUGCUGAAGGGUGAGUCUACAAUCAGAUGCCAGGCUGAUGGCUCAUGGAGCUUGCCUUUGCCAGAAUGUAUUCCUGUGGAGUGCCCCCAGCCAGAAGAAAUUCAGAAUGGCAUUGUUGAUGUGCAGGGCCUCACCUUCCUUAGCACAGCCCUCUAUACAUGUAAACCAGGCUUUGAACUAGUGGGGAACACAACUAUCCUCUGUGGAGAAGACGGCCAGUGGCUUGGAGGAAGGCCAGCUUGCAAACCUAUUCAAUGCCCAAGGCCUAAGAAUAUCCUCAAUGGCAAAUACUCACUCACAAACUUCCAUUAUGGGCAGACUGUUAGAUAUUCCUGUGACAGAGGUUUCCAGCUCCAAGGGCAGGAAACACUGAGAUGCCUAGAGACAGGGGAGUGGAGUACAGAGGUUCCCUCCUGCAAAGCCAUAAAUUGCCAGCCCCCUCAGCCCAUUGAGAAUGGCUUUGUGGAGGGUGCAGAUUAUAGCUAUGGGGCCAUGGUCAUUUACAGCUGUGUGCCAGGCUUCCAGCUGUCUGGCCUUGCCAUGCAGACCUGUGAAGAAUCAGGCUGGUCUAGCUCCACACCAACCUGCCUCCCAACAGACUGUGGCCUGCCUCCUCACAUUGACUUUGGGGAGUACGUGCAGGUCAGACAUGGGGAAAGACGUUCUGACCAGGAGAGUGUUACAGAGAGUCCCUCCCUUUCGCAUAUGUUACUGGCUGACAAUUUGAAAGACUUGAAAAGUUCUUUGAAGGAGGACAGUGCAAUGCAGCUCACCACUUUCUUAUUUGGAACUAUCAUUUUAUACACAUGUUACUCUGGCUACGAGCUGCUGGGAAACCCUGUUCUAGCUUGCCAAGAAGAUGGCGCUUGGAACGGCACUGCCCCCGCCUGCGUUUCAAUAGAGUGCACCUUGCUGUCACCCCCAGAGAAUGGUUUUUUACAUUUCACUGAGAACACGCUUGGUAGCACGGUGCAGUACACCUGUAAGCCAGGGUUCACACUUGUUGGCUCCAACAAACGACUAUGUUUGCCAAGUAGGCAGUGGAGUAACACUGCUCCAUACUGCAAAGCAGUAACAUGCAACUCACCUAGCCAGCUUAUGAAUGGGAACGUAAGAGGGGAAAACUACACAUAUGGGAGUGUUGUCUACUAUGAGUGCGAUCCUGGAUACCAGUUAAAUGGCCCCACAGAGAGGAGAUGCCAAGAAAACCAGAAAUGGGAUGGCAGUGAACCAAUUUGCAUUCCCAUUUCCUGCAGCCCACCACCAGUUUUGGAGAAUGGUCAGGUGACUGGAGAGGAGUACACAUUCCAGAAACAUACAGAGUACAGCUGCAAUGAAGGUUUCCUGUUAGAUGGGGACAGGAGUAGAGUCUGCCUUGCAAAUGGAAGCUGGAGUGGAAUUGCUCCAGUUUGCAAAGCUGUGACUUGCCCUGUGCCGCUGCCUCUUCCCAACGGGAGAACUAGUGGCUCAGAUUUUGGCUUUAAGAAAGAAGUGCACUAUCACUGCAACGAAGGAUAUAUUCUGCAAGGAAUGUCUGCGCUUACCUGUCGGAGUGAUGGUACCUGGGAUUCAGAAGCUCCACACUGUGAGCCAGUCAUUUGUGGACCUCCUGAAGAUAUCUCCCAUGGCUUUCUGAAUGGCUCAGGCUUUACCUAUGGGGAAUUUGCCCAGUAUGUGUGCUUCCCUGGUUAUGAACUGCAUGGCAAUCCUUUACGGCAAUGUUUGUCCAAUGGCUCCUGGAGUGGAAGCCUUCCAUCUUGCCUACCCUGUCUGUGUCCUACACCACAGAUUCAGAAUGGGGUCAUUCUUGGUACAGAUUUCAGCUGUGGGAAGACUGCCCAGUUUCAGUGCCUGGAGGGCUUCAAACUGCUAGGGCCUUCUGAAGUGACCUGUGAGGCAGCUGGCAAGUGGGGUUCUGGGUUUCCUCGCUGCGGGCAGAUUUCCUGCGGCUCUCCACCCAUCAUCCCCAACACAUUUAUCAAUGGGAGCAGCUCUGCAGAUGAGAACACCAUCAUCUAUACCUGCUUGACAGGUUUUGUCAUGCGGGGGAGUCCAGAACUGACUUGUAUGGAGACUGGUGUCUGGAAGAAGCCAUACCCAAGCUGUGAGCUGUUAAGCUGUGGCCCACCACCUUCUGUCCCAAAUGCAGAGGUUCUUGGGAGCACUUACACCUAUGGGAGCAAGGUCCAGUACAGAUGCCUGGAAGGCUACACAAUGGUGACAGAGGUGGAUGUAUGCAUUUGCCAGGAAGACGGACAGUGGUCUCCUCAAAGUAUUUCCUGUUGCCCCAGAAAGUGUCCCAUCCCAGGAAAUACCACCCAUGUAAUCGUGCCUGGGGACAACUUCACUGUGAACACAAACAUCACGUUGUCGUGUGUAAAAGGCUAUACUCUGGUGGGAGCGAGGACAUCUACAUGCAAGGAGAGUGGCAUUUGGGUGCCACCGUUUUCUGAUGACAUCUGCAUUCCUGUGUCCUGUGGGACCCCAGAGUCUCCAGAGCAUGGAUUUGUGGUUGGCACUAAAUACAAUUACAAAGACGUGGUUCUUUAUAAAUGUGAUUCUGGCUAUGAAUUACAAGGUGAUGCAGAACGGACUUGCCAAGAAGACACACUCUGGAGUGGCACAGUGCCAGCGUGCAGAAAGACCAGAUGCAAAGUUCCAGUUUCCUUGCUGAAUGGGAAGGCGAUUUACGAAAACAAUACAGUUGGCAGUACAAUAGCAUAUUUCUGCGAGACGGGAUACAGCUUGGAAGGGGAACCUGUGGCAGAGUGUACAAGAGAUGGAACAUGGAGUAAUCCCUUGCCUCUCUGUAAACCAAACCCUUGUCCUGUGCCUUUCAUAAUCCCAGAGAAUGCCCUUCUGUCUGAGGUGGAUUUUUAUGUUGGUCAAACCGUAUCCAUCAGGGGUAGGGAAGGCUACCAGCUGAAAGGGCAGUCUGUGAUCACCUGUAACCCUGAUGAGACCUGGACUCCAGCAACAGCUAAGUGUGAAAAGAUAUCUUGUGGCCCCCCAGCUCACACAGAGAAUGCUCUGAUUCGUGGUAGCUUCUAUCAGUAUGGAGAUGUGAUCACCUAUUCAUGCUACAGUGGGUACAUGCUGGAGGGGCCCCUGCGGAGCAUUUGCUUAGAAAAUGGAACAUGGACAACACCACCUACCUGCAAAGCUGUCUGUCGGUUCCCAUGUCAGAACGGUGGCAUCUGUGAGCGACCAAAUGCCUGCUCAUGUCCAGAUGGCUGGAUGGGUCGUCUCUGUGAAGAGCCCAUAUGCAUUCUGCCAUGUCUCAAUGGAGGUCGCUGUGUGGCCCCUUACCAGUGUGACUGCCCCCCUGGAUGGACUGGAUCACGCUGCCAUAUGGCUGUUUGCCAGUUGCCUUGCUUAAAUGGUGGGAAGUGCAUACGACCAAAUCGGUGCUAUUGUCCCUCAUCAUGGACUGGACAUGACUGCUCUAGGAAACGGAAGGCUGGAUUCUAUCCCUUUUAACAUCAGAGCAGCAGUUCUACAUUCAGAUAAUCUUUCUUCAGCCUAGGCACCAGGGCUUGGAAUCUAAUGCAUUUUAAAUCAAAUCCAUUGCUUCCCUUCCCCACCAGCUCCCUUGUUUUGUGUUUUAUUUUGUGAUAAAUUUUUACUAUACCUUUCAAUUUUUAAGGAAAUCCUCUGUAUUUUUCAU